AUGACUGACUUGCUCGGCGUUUAUGCGAUGAUUGUAUUUGUAAUAUGGACCGGACGAACACGCUUAAUGGGCUACGUUGCCUCUGUGGCCACCGAAUUGAAGUUACAUGAAGCCGCGAUUCUAAUCGGAGAUCAGGAUACGGAGCAUACCCCAGAAUUGAUUGCAAAGGCAAGAGCCUGGUUUACCUUAUGCUGUUUGGACUUACAAACGAACCUCAGUAGGCCCUUUGUCAUAAACAACAUGAGACAAUAUCUGGGUUAUGCGAAGUAUCUCGUCAUGUCUCCCUAUCGCCAUCCCGUCGAUAAUCGCAUCUGUGAUUGUAUUCAGGGAUUCACAAUAGCAGGGGAUCUGAAAGGAAAGCUACAGAACUCUCAGAUGAGGUGCAAGCCAUUGCCACAAGCGGUUAUUGAUCUUCUUAAUUCCUCGGAUGAAGCUGUCGACAAAUGGCUGCAUGAGGUGACGAAUAAAGUCCAUCCUCUCUACCAAACUUUCUCAGAGAAGCAAGAUAGGAAUCGACUACUGGUACCAUUUGGCUUCAUGAAGCUCUACAUCAACGGUCUCGUGUUACAGGGUAUGGGGUCGCCAGAUGACUUGACCUCGGAUCCGGUUCGAAUCGAAUUCAUUCGGCGGGCUUUGGAUAGUGCAAGCUUGAUUGUCGAAACACAGCAUGAUUCCACAUCUUUCCGACGAGCAUUCAAGUACAGCAUAGACUAUGCCGGGGUGCCAUUAUACUACGCAAUCUCUUUCAUUUUGAAAGCUCUCCCCCUCGCUUACAGUUUCGUCGAUCCUCGGCGUCUUCUCACUAGGGUUGAGCAAGCAGCUGAGAUGUUUGAUGAAGGAGGAGCUCAAGAUACCGCCAAUGAGCUUCGACGAGAUAGAGAUAGAAUAGCAGCGUUGACCCAAACAGUCCUGACUCCUCGGACUAUCCAAAAUCCUAGUGGGGACAUACCACUCGGUGAGCUCUUUGAUAUUCCUAGUUUCAUCGAAGAUAUGCAGACGUGGGACGAAAACUUCCCAGCAUUGGGCAUAUUUCCUUCGGAGUAA